AGCACGGAUUUUUUUCCCAAUCCCCUUUCGAGGUAGCCUAGGGGGUAGGUUGAGCUCCUCGAUCCACCCACAAAAUAAUCCGCCGCCGGCGGCUCGCGCCCGGCCCUGGGCGCAUACCAUGGCGACGUUGUACCCGGAUUGGGCGGGCCUUCCCCAGGAGAUGGUGGCGACGGUGAUGCGGGCGCUGGACAUCCCUGACCUGUUCCGCGCCGGCACCGUCUGCUCCUCCUGGUACGCCGCCUACUCCGACGUCCGCCGCGUCCGCAUCCCCAUCACGGACGCGGCACCAUGCCUCCUCUACUCGGCUCGCGACAACGGCGACGCCAGCGACGCCACGCUCUACAGCCCCUCGAGCGGCGGCAAGGCGUUCAAGGUCCGCCUGCCGGACCCGCCGCUGGGCAGCCGCGCGCUGGUCGGGUCCUCGCACGGCUGGCUCGCCGCAGCCGACGAGGCGUCCAACCUCCACCUCGUCAACCCCCUGACGGGCGCGCAGGUCGCGCUCCCGCCCGUCAUGGCGCUCUACCAUGUCGAGAGCUCUGUGGAUGAACAGGGGAGUCUCGAAUACAGCGUCCAGGAGGGCGAGGACCCCGACGACCCGGUCCGGUACCCGGCACAGAUGGCCCAGAAGCUGCGCCUGUUCUUGUACUACAAGGUGGCCAUGUCCUGCAGCCCCUCCAAGGUGAGGGACCGCAUCGUCCUGCUCCUGCACCGACCGGAUGGUCAGAUAUCCUUUGCCCACAUCGGCGACGAUAAGUGGACUCAGAUCACCGACCAAACUCUCAAAUGGGACAGCGGCUACCGCGACGCUCUCUACAACAAGAACGACGGAUUGUUCUGCGUGCUAAGCUUCGAUGGCUCUAUGCUUACCUCGGAUCCGAGCGACCCUUCUUCUCCGGUCGCAAAGGAUAUUGUGCUGGCGGCGGACCGUUGGUUUUUCAGUUUUCACAGCGCCAAGCGUGUGUGA